AUGGCCUACAAGCUGAACUUCGGUCACUUUCUUCUACCACUGUCUAUGAAUCAAGGUCCCGUAGAUGCUAAACUGGCAGAGCGGUUAUUUGUCCUCCGAUCCGAGUAUCUCUGCUUGAAGAAGCGACCCGAGCGCCAUGCCAUCAGGAAUCUCCUGGCUAUGCUUGCGUUCCGUCUUGGCCAGUUCGACAGAGCUCUGGAGUACCUGGACAAGAUACUGUCACCCGGGGAGGACCCGGACAACCUGAACGCUCUCGCAAACCGACGCUACAUGUGCGAAGACUUGUUUAGAGUCCAAGAGGCGAGGGAGUGUGAGAAGAGAAUAAAAAGGCUACUUGCAGAGGAUGGGGGAGAAGGGAUGGAUAUGAGAUGCAAGAAGCUACGAGCACGCAGCCUGGCUGAACAGGCAUUUGCGUACGCCUUUGAGCUCUUCGAGGAGUCCGUAUCUUUCGGGAGGUACCGUAAAGCCAUCGAAUUGUACCAGAAAGCAGUUGACUUAGCGGGUACUGCUAUCGACAAGGAUGAGAUGGACGAGUGGAUAUUCAUCAUUGGGGUGGCAUCUUUCAUAAUCUACAAGCGAAUCAAGUACGGGACACCCAGUGAAGAAACCAAAACUCGGCUUCAGACAGCGGUCACAAGCUUCAUCCGGACUGUCCAGGACUGCCAAGACGAGAAUCUGGUGAGUGACUCUUGGAGACAUCUCGGGGUCCUCUUCAAGCAAUCAGCCGAGCAAGAGCAGACUUCACUUCUACCUUCGCUCCCGGACGAUUUCCACGAAUACCUGCGCACACCGGGGAUGUGCUUUGAAAAGGCAUACAGCGUCUCUCCACGUGACCCUAGGAUUCUUGCUAGGUAUGCAGAAUACUGUAAAAACACUGGCGAUAUGGCCAAGGCAUUAGGACUGGUCAACGAAUCCAUCCAAUUAAACACGACCGUCUUGAACCUUCAUGCUUUCUGUGUCAGGGCAUACAUUUUAGUUGAGCAAUACAAGGAACAACUGAACAGUUUCAAAGAGCCAAGUUUAAACUUACUGGAAGAUGCUGAGAGAGAUUUGUCGAUCACCUUGAGAUUCUUCGUAACACCUUGGCAUCUUGCAGCUAUGGCUGAAGUGUUUUAUCUCAAAGCACUGGAUCGCCAGGGCAUGCUGAAAGAAGGGCGGGAAGGGAUGGACAACCUGAGAGUGGCACUCACAUAUUGCUCCAAAGCUGCGGCGUGCCAUGACGGUCAGAAACGGCCCGAGGUUCACAAGCAGCGCGGCGAAUGUCUCUGCGCCAUGGGGGAGCAUCGCACCGCCCUGGUUUGCUUCAAAAGGGCAGUCGAAUGUGAAAUUGCAAAUCAGUUUUACAAGGGUAGCAUCGGUGCACUUGUGAAGGAGUAUGCACACGUCUUAAGACACGGAUCGUCUUCUUUUACCUGCGACCCACCUUUUCUUAAAGACAUGGUCUACUGGCUACACAAGGCUUCUGGCACGUGUCUCUCAAAAAAUUCGACUCUCAAGCAGCUUACGCAUCUACAACAGAUUCCAGGUUUUUGGAAAACAUUCACCUAUUACUGUACACAAAAUGAGCUCAGAGACGAUCUUGAAUACAUUGAGCUAGCAGCUAAAUGUGGAAGGGGAAGCCAGUCGCGCGUAUACCGGAAACAUUCUUAUCCUACACUUGAAGCGUCUACAUCGGCUUUAUUCGUUAACAGACGAAGGGAGAGUUUCCAUGGUGAAGGCUCUUUCAAGUUGGAGGUGUCAUCGAGGCCUGGCAUAAGCCAAACCUUAGACAGUAUACAUCCAGAGACGGUUGCAGUGGCUGUUUCCUCGAUUAAGCUGGACGCUGGGAGCAGCAUGCAAAUUCCUGACAAAUUAUCUCGUAAAGACAGCACUAUAACCAAAGACGACUCUCGAAAGCAUGUGCAGCCGGCACCGACGAAAGCCUUCAACCAGCGACUACCCAACGAUUUCUUCGUCAUAUACACCAGAAGCGCCUCGGAUUGGGUACAGCACAGUCUAUUGGAGGAACUGGAGGGGAACCGCCUCAAAGGAUGCAUCCGCGAACGUGAUUUCAUUCCCGGCAAGCCCGAAUUGACGAACUACUCGGACUGCAUCGAAGGCAGCGUGUGCACUAUCGUGAUCCUCACCAAAGACUUCGAGGAGGACCAAACCUGCGUCCGAGGCAUGAUUAUGGCGAUGCAAGAAGGCAAGAUUGUUAUUCCUGUUCUCCGCGAAUCCAGGCCACUUCCUAAACUGCUUCUCCAGCCGUACAGAAGUCUCGGGCUAGAUGCUGUCGAUAGCACUCUUGACUGGGGUAGACUUGAAAAGAUCAUUGAACAACAGAUAAACCUUACUACAUAAUAGAUAGUCAACCCUGAGCACUAUUGUGAAAAGUGUAAGAAAAAACCUCGGAUAUCCUUUACUAAAGUAAAAAUGUACUGCGCAUGCGCGUCGGAAACUGAAAUUUAAUUUAACCCUAAAAGGGCCGAGAGGGCGGAAUCGGCCCCCUCAUCUUUUUCCGCGAUACCCUUGCACAACAAUUUUUCCGACCCGAGCUUUUCUAACCUUUUAGCCUCAAGUCUUGCGCAUCGUUUGAUGCCAAAAACAAAUAAUUCUGACAAUGGGUUGUCGCGCAGCGGACGAUGUUUCGGCGCUAGGCGCCACGAAAACUGAAUUUCCCCAUGUAUGUAGUGUGCACAAAGCAGAAUGACCAUUGGUGCAUAUGAAUCAUUAAUUAGCCAUAAUUCCAAAACCUUUUACCCCAUUGUCAUGAAAUUUAUUGGGUAUGUUCAUAUUGAGUUGUUCUAUACAAGUACUGAGUUUCAUAAUUUUUCGUCACCCGAUGGCUGAGAUCUGAGGGGGGUUGGAAUCCGCCAA